GUGCCGGUGACGUUUGACGACGUGUCCGUCUAUUUCAACAACAAGGAAUGGGAGAAGCUGGAGGAGUGGCAGAAGGAGCUGUACAAGAAUGUGAUGAAGGGGAACUAUGAGUCGCUCAUCUCCCUGGGUAAAUACGGGGUGUCCUGGCCCUGGCGCGAGGCAGACUAUGCAAUUUCCAAACCUGGUGUUUUGUCUCAGAUCGAGCAAGGAGAAGAACCGCGGGUCAGGAACGAGCAGGACUUGGAGGAGAGUGAGAUGAUGACCGAUGCCACCGCAGCUGGUAUAAGGGUUGUGAUCAAAACGGAGGAGCUCCUUCCUGAAGACAGCCCCGAAAACCCUGAGCUGCGCGGGAUGUCGGGGCAGUCGGAGGGGAGCUUCCAGAGUCCGGACGAGGAGGCAGCCUGCGAGAGACCCUACGGCUCCGUCUCUCCUCCGAGGGACCUCCCGGCAACCAGCGUGGGUGACUCCUCCGAAUACGUAGCUGACUUCAACGAGAUCCAGAGGGUCAUCGUUCACCACGGGAGCUGCACAGUGCGGAGGGCAGGACGUCGGUCGAGGACUCCUGCCCGGGUGCGAGUCAUGCGGAGGAACGGUGUAAGCUGCUCGGGCGCUUACGCACCAGACUCUGCUGGAGGAACGUGCGGGGUCCUGCACGCCGACCAGCGUGAGGGCCGCAGGGCAGGACCGGAGGACGGGGAGGAGGGUGGCCGGAG